GCGCAGUUUUGCAGCGCUUCAUAUACUCCGGAUAAACCAAAAUAGCAACUUGAAGGUCCGCUCGGCUCGGUAGCACCACACUCAACUGUGCGGAAAUACCAUCGCAGACAGCUGCACGUCGGAGUUUUCACACACUCGCUGUGGUCUGGGCUCAGGGUUAGUUUACUCGUUGAUGCGGGGAGAAAGUUGUGGACAUGUUUUCCUGGAAGUGCUUGGCGUUACGGAUGCAGUGUGCAACAUUGUAACGACACAGUAAAUGAGCCUUUUUCCAGCCCGUCCGGAUUGUGGAUUAUGUUUUUGCUGGGUUGUAAACUCGCCCGUUCGCCAUAUUGUGCGCUGUGAAACUCGAGGGAAAGUUGUCAAGAGUUAUGACAUUUGUUGCGCACAAUCCCUUCAUGGAGCUGCAUGCAGUCGACUUUGAUCGAAACCAAAGUGACUCCAUGGAGCUGACCAUGGAGAACCCCGUGCACCAUUGAUAAGGUCCGGCACGAUAAAGAGGAUGAGAAGAAUGGAUAGCAAACCUCAGAUUUGAUUGCAGAAAGGAGGUUUGCAUGCUCCCCCCACCCAGCACUUUCCUUUGGGAUUUAUGUUUCCUCCCAAAUACCUCUGUAUACACAAUUAAACAAAGACAUUUUCAACCACAGCCAGUGAACGCACACUACGAAGGCGAUAACUUUGUUUUGCACGCUCAGAGAUCAAGAUUGAGAGCUCUGGCUCCAACGUUUUCAUAACAUUACUAUGAGUCUUCCUCCUCAAGUUAAUCCUGACAAGAGCGGCAAGCAUCGGACUGCAGCCAUGAAAGAGCCUGUGCAACAUUCGGGGGAGGUUUAUUAUGGUAUGGGACCUCCAGCUUUAGAGUCAAGCCACAGUGACUCCGCCAGCAGCUCUGUUGUGUAUAACCCCGAGAAAGGGCCCCAGAGUCUACCGCACUUUCAACAGGCUGCUCCAGUAAAGUGGAUGCACCAGGACUCUAUACAGGCCCCCGGCUGGUCACAGGAAGCUCCUGUGCCAGGUUGGGGUCAGAACUUUGGCUCCUACAUGGGUGGAGUGAACGUCCGUGGUCAGAUGGCGUUCCACAAAGGAGUCCAUGAAGGUGUAGCUCUGCCUAUGGGAGAAAAUCAACUGCAAGGGCCUGUUGAGGUUUACAGAGAUGCCACUCAGCCUCAAGCUCAGGGGAGGGGGCUCGAGUGGGAGCAGCACGCCGCCGCAAUGCACCAGGCUCAGCUGCAAGCCUACCAGCACAGCCACAAAGGUGUAGAGCUCCAGGGUCAGCCCCAUGUGGCGCCUCACACUUUGCAGGGGUCCAUGCUGCAGCCCUUCCAGGCAACUUUUAGGCCCAGCAAGCAACAGUUUCCAUCUGGGUAUUACUCAGUUUUUCCAGGCAACAAGGGAAUGCCAGGCCUUGCUUACAGCGAGCAGCCUAAAACGCAACAGCAGCUGCUACACCAGAUGCAACAGCAACAAAUCCACCAUCAUCAGCAACAGCAGCGACAACAACAACAACAACAACAACAACAACAGCAGCAACAACAACAGCAGCAGCAGCAACAACAACAGCAGCACCAGCAGUUGCAUCAGCAGCAUCAACUUCAAUUGCAACAACAGCAGCAGUUGCAGCAACAACAGCAGCACCAAAUCCAGCAGCAUCAAAUGCAACAGCAGCAACAAAUGCAGCAAAUGCAGUAUCACCAGCAACAGAUUCAGGAGCGGCAGCAACAAAUGCAACAAAUACAGCAGCAACAAUUGCAGCAACCAAAUGUGCCACAGCAAGAAACGGCACAAGUUCAAGUGCAACCAAAACAGCAACAAACCCAAAACUUUGCAACCUAUCAUUCUCCUGAACCGUGUCCACCUGACACCGGGUCUAAAAAGAGCGACGUCCAAUCGGUGGAGCCACAGCAGGAAACGGAAGUCCCAACCAGUGAUUCAUCAACCGUAUCUGACCCCUGCCCUGAAAAGGUCACCCCAGAUACUGCAGAGACCUCUGAUUCAGCUCCGGCUGCCCCUCGACGCUCCCGUCGCCUUUCCCGAGAUGGACAGUCCCCACUGGGUCCCCCUGCGACAAACAUCUGGUCUCAAGCCCCCAAAGAUCCUCCACUUUCCCAGAAUGGAGUAACAGGCGCACCAGCUACGAAAGGAGGGGAAAGCCAUGUGGCAACAGGGGGAGUCAUCCAGAGCACCCGUAGGAGAAGAAGGGCGUCCAAAGAGAUCAACUUGGAGACUCUGGCGCAGAAGGCAUCAGAAAUGGAGUCCCUGCCUGCUAAAAUAAUCAAGGAAGACGGCCCUUCAGGCAGGCAGGCCACCAUGGUGCCUCUAGUCAUCCCUGUGUCUGUGCCAGUGCACAGGAGUCAAACGGAUCCUCAGGGCUCCUGGCCUUUCGGACGACUUGGCCAGGCUGAGCGGCACGCGGGGCAGUCCGAUCGCAAACCUUCUGUCAUCGUGGCUCGCCGGCGAUCUCUCAGAAACUCCAUGACCGAGAGUUAUGGCCAGGAUGGGGAAAAUGAUGCAGGGCUGGAUGAGGAUGGAAAAUCCAAAUUUAAGCGCCGGCCUCGCCCAGAACCUCUCAUCAUCCCUCCUCCCAAACCAUCCACCUUCAUCCCUCCAUCCGUUUACUCCAGCAUCACUUCCUACCAGAGCAACCUGCGCUCCCCUGUCCGUCUGCCGGACAACCCCCUCACCCUGCCCCCUUACACGCCUCCGCCCAUCCUGUCUCCUGUGCGGGAGGGCACGGGACUGUACUUCUCCACCUUCCUGACCAACAUCGCAGUGAGCAACCAAAUCCUGCCGCUGCCUCUGCCGCCGCCGACACCCAAGACUGCAUCUCGAAGUCUCCUGCGCUCCACAAGUUCAGAUAUCACACCUCCGGUCCUGCCCUUGAUUUCUGAUGCCACGCCUGUUAGCCUCGAACCGCGUAUCAACAUCGGGCAGAAGUACCAGGCAGAAAUUCCAGAGAUGCAAGAUCAGUCCUCUUCCCAGCUCGACCUGCACAAGGCUGACUUAGUUUGGGUCCCUCUGGAUGAAUCCCAACUUAAACAUGGUGAUCAAUACAGCAUGGAGGAUUUGAUGAACAUGGCUUGUUGCAGCGUGCUCAGCGGUGGAGGAACCAAUCAGGAGCUAGUUUUACACUGUUUACAUGAGAGUGGAGGCAAUCUGCUUGUGACGCUGGAACGUCUGAUGCUUCAGGAUCCAAUCUUCCCCAAAGGCCACCACCUGGCAGGUUAUCACUACUCAGGCUCCGACAGCUGGACUGCAGAAGAGAAGCGCUACUUCAAUAAAGGGAUAUCUGCUUACAGGAAGGACUUCUUUCUGGUGCAGAAUCUGGUGCGGACCAAGACUGUGGCUCAGUGUGUAGAGUUCUACUACACGUUCAAGAAACAGGUGAAGAUCGGUCGCAACGGCAUUUUAACCUUCGGCCCUCCACACUCACCAUUGGAUAAACACGCUGAGGCCGUGUUAGACGUUAAGUGUUCACAGCAGCUGAGACCGACUCAAGGCGAGGCAGAUGGGAAUGAUAAGAAGGAUGUUUCUAAUGACCAGAGUCAAGAGAGCACCCACCAGGCGAGGGUUGCUCAGUCACUACAGGUUCAUGACUAUGCAGGAACAGUGCUGAUGCUUAAAGAGCCGGGAAGCGUGAAUAAGGAGGUUCACCACACGGCACCUCACAGGCCUCGGGCUGAGCCGGCAGCAAAGAAGAAAGCAGCUCCAGCGAAGCCCCCGGCUGAUCCUGAUGCAGUAUUUCCAUGCAAGAAAUGUGGCAGGGUGUUUUAUAAAGUCAAGAGUCGAAGUGCCCACAUGAAGAGUCAUGCUGAGCAGGAGAAGAAGGCUGCAGCGCUGCGUCAGAAAGAGGAGGAGGAGCAAGCAGCAGCUGCAGCCCGAGCCAGAAAGGCAGCGGUGGCAGCGGCGGCAGCAGUGGCGCAUCAAGGCGGAAACGGGAAUGGAGUGACGGAUCAGGCGGAGGCCAGCAGCCAGGAAGACUCAUCUGAGGGAGAAGAUGAUGAUGACGAGGACUGGCACUAAGAAACAAUAUGCAGGGGGAAAAAAUCAAUGAGAGAUGGAUUGAUGAGUAAAUAGAAGGUAGAGACGGAGGUCUAAUUAGAAAGGGAGGAAAUAAAAAAAUAAAAAAAAAGAUCUCCAUGGAGAGCAGAAUAAGCACAAGUCUUCCUGUUAACCCUUCACACUCCUUCCCAUGGCUGAUGUUGGCUCUGUGUGACCGUUAUCCAACUUCACACCCAUCAUCCAGGAAGUCUCACUCCACAUUUUCACAUAUUUGUAUCUCUUAAAUAUUCAGAGGAAGUUUAUUUUUUUGUAAAUGCACUUAUAAUGUACGCUUCUGCUUUUGCCAAUAUUGCCUUUUUUAUAUCCUUUAUUUAAUUGAGUACAUGUCAAAAUAUUAGACAUUUUCAUCAUGUGAACUUUGCAAUGGUCAUUUGAUAUUUUACAAGAUAAUCAGGACAUCUGUUAAGCAAUAAUAAAUCAAGAUCAAAGCAAUCUUUCACUUUAUGGUAGCAGCCCUUUUAAAUAAUGAUGGAAUACGAGUUUGUAUUUAAAAUCUUUUUCUUAGGAAAGUACUGUGUCGUAUGCUGCAGAUUUCCCUAUGAUUUUUAAGUUGGUUGUACACUUAUUUUUUUUACAACUAUGGGACCUUUAAAAUUAAAAAUGUACAAAAAAGUAUAUAUGAAAUUUUCCAUAUAUUUAUGAUACUGCAUUUUGCAAUGAUUUUGGUAAUAUAAAAAAAAAACUAAUCAUGUCAGCUGCAAUAUGACUUGUGAAUUGAAAAGUUUAUUAAAAUCUCUGCUGUUGUGAUGAAAUGUCUUUAUUUUUCCAGUCACAUGGAAAGUGUGCAAUACAUUGUUGAACCAGCAG